AUGGCUGAAAAAGCAGAGCUUCCAUAUUCCCGCCUUGUGGUCCCCAUCCUUCUCUUGAUCGGCUGGAUUGUGGGCUGCAUCAUAAUGGUCUAUGUCGUCUUCUCCUAGAAAGGCAAGAAGACUUCAGAUUGACCUCAUUUAGAAGAAUUGAGAAAAGCACGAACAUGACAGAUUAUUAAAUGUUUCUCAUGGAAAUAACUGUAAUGCUUGACGUCACUUUAUAAA